AGGAUGCUGGGUGGUUCGUCUGGUGGGGAUCGGCCUACGUUUACAGUGAUACGCCAUUUGUUUUAGAGAUGAUUGUAAUUAUUUAGCCUGUGUGUAGCUUUCAUGACGCUGUAAAGAUUCGUUUGAUUUUAGAAACUCUCGCGUUCAGUCUACAUAGCGGUGUUGAUUUGUUGUCGGCCACAGCUGUUUUCUGCCUCCGCCUCCCUGGCCAGCCAACGCAGGGACGGCGGGAGACGGAAGAGGGCAGAGCGAGAGAGACGGGCGAUGGCUGCGGGGGGAGGAUGCGGAGAAUCGGUGGACCAGUACCGGGCCGAGGUGGAGCGCCUCACCCGAGAGCUUGCGGAAGCAAACCGUGAGAAGAUCCGUGCGGCAGAAUGCGGACUCGUGGUCUUGGAGGAAAACCAGACUCUGAAACAGCAAUACUCGGACCUGGAAGCCGAACAGGAGACCCUGAGACAGGAGUUGGAGCAAUUGCAAGAGGCCUUCAGUCAGGCGUACACCACCCAGCGGAAGGUUGCCGAGGAUGGCGAGAGCAACGAGGAGACGCUGCUGCAGGAGUCGGCCAGUAAGGAGGCCUACUACAUGGGCCGCCUGCUGGACAUGCAGGCCGAGCUCAAGCUCAACCGCUCGCUCACCUCCAACACACAGGCCGAGAACGAGCGGCUGGCCGCCCUGCUGCAGGAGCUGCGCGAGGGUAAUGAGAUGCUGGAGCUGCAGAGGAGUCGGAUGCGGGAGGAGAUCCGGGAGUAUAAAUUCCGGGAGGCUCGCCUGCUGCAGGACUACACGGAGCUGGAGGAGGAGAACAUCACUCUGCAGAAACUCGUGUCCAGUCUCAAACAGAGCCAGGUGGAGUACGAGGGCCUGAAGCACGAGAUCAAGGUGCUGGAGGAGGAGACGGUGCUGCUCAACAGCCAGCUGGAGGACGCGCUGCGCCUGAAGGACAUCUCCGAGGGCCAGCUGGAGGAGGCGCUGGACGCCCUGAAGAGCGAGCGCGAGCAGAAGAACGUGCUGCGCAAGGAGCUGGCGCACCACCUCAGCCUGGGCGAGGGCGGCUUCGUCCCGGGCAGCACCGGCGCCCACCUCUGCUCCCUGACCUCGGCGCCGCCCAGCGGCAGCGCCACCCCGACCGCCGCCACCUCGCCGGGCAGCGAGGAGGGGGGGGGCAAGUGCAACGGGCACCUGCUCCAGGGGGCGGCCGGGGCGCUGCUGCUGACCAGGGCCAACGGCUCCGAGCUCCGGCAGGCGGGCGCGGCGGCGCGCAAAGGGGAGCCACCGCCGGACCUCUUCAGCGAGAUGAACCUGACGGAGAUCCAGAAGCUCAAGCAGCAGCUCGGGCAGGUGGAGCGGGAGAAGUCGACUCUGGCCACCAGCCUGCAGGAGUGUGAGGCGCAGCUGGCGCACACGCAGACGGCCCUGUUCGAGCAGCACACGCGGGCGCGGCGCCUCCGAGAGCGCCUGGGCUCCCUCCGCCGACGCCAGCGCGGCAGCACGGGCGACAAGAAGGCCCCGGAGGACGAGGACGAGGACGAGGACGAGGAGAAGGAGCCGAUGCCGCCGACGGCGCUGUCGUCGUUGUCGUCGUCGACGUCGUCGUACGCCGAGGGCCCCAGCGUGGAGGUGAUGCGCUGCAAGUACAGGGUGGCGGUGACGGAGGUUGUGGGCCUCAAGGCCGAGCUGAAGGAGCUGAAGGAGCGCUACAACCAGCGGGUGGAGGGCGAGGCGGAGGUGCGCGGCCAGGGCCAGGCGCAGCAGCAGGCGCUGGAGGGGCAGGUGGCGCGGCUGGAGCGCAGCUGCCGCGACGGCCGCGAGAAGAUCGCCGCCCUGGAGGCUCAGGCGCGCGCCGCGUCCGGGGCGGCCGGCGACAGCCAGGCGCUGCUGAACAGCGCGCAGGACGAGCUGGUGACCUUCAGCGAGGAGCUGGCGCAGCUCUACCACCACGUCUGCCUGUGCAACAACGAGACGCCCAACCGCGUCAUGCUGGACUACUACCGCCAGAGCCGCUCGCCGUUGCGCGGCGGCGGCUCGCGCAGCCCCUCCGACUCGCCCUCCAAAGACCCGCCGGCCGCCGCCGGCAAAGCCGCCAGCGAGCCCAGCCCGGCCCGCAGCAGCACCCCCAGUGCCUCGUCCUCCUCCUCCUCCUCCUCGCCCGCUCCCGACACGCCCGGCGGCAGCGGCAGCGCCAGCGGCAGCAGUGCCGGCAGCGGCCCGGACCCGCGCCGGGAGCCCACCAACAUCUGCCACCUGAACGCCAUCAUCCGCGACCAGAUCAAGCACCUGCAGAGGGCCGUGGACCGCUCGCUGCAGCUGUCGUGCCAGAGGGCGGCGGCCCGAGAGCUGGCUCCGCUGCUGGACAAGGACAAGGAGGCCUGCAUGGAGGAGCUGCUCAAGCUCAAGUCCCUGCUCAGCACCAAGCGCGAGCAGAUCGCCACGCUGCGCCUCGUCCUCAAGGCCAACAAGCAGACUGCGGAGGUGGCUCUGGCCAACCUGAAGAGCAAGUACGAGAACGAGAAGACCAUGGUGACGGAGACCAUGAUGAAGCUGAGGAACGAGCUCAAGGCUCUGAAAGAGGACGCCGCCACCUUCUCCUCCCUCAGGGCCAUGUUUGCCACCAGGUGUGACGAGUACGUGACCCAGCUGGACGAGAUGCAGCGUCAGCUGGCGGCGGCGGAGGAUGAGAAGAAGACGCUCAACUCGCUGCUGCGCAUGGCCAUCCAGCAGAAGCUGGCGCUCACGCAGCGGCUGGAGGACCUGGAGUUCGACCACGAGCAGUCGCACCGCACGCGCUCCUCCAAGGCCUCGCGCCUGCGCAGCUCCGCGCCCAAAGUAAGUGGACUGAGCUUGGCCGGCCUGGCCGGCUCGCCCCCCGGCUCUUCGUCGUCGACGGCCACGUCGGUGGCGGCUGCGGCCUUGGCCGCGGGUCUCCCGUCCCCCACCACGGUCUUCGCCGCGUCCUUCCGCCGAGCCCCCCUGCCCCCCGCGCUCCCGUCGCCGUCGGCGGCCCCCUCGGCGCCGAGUAGCCCCCCCUCGCUGGAGCCGCCGGCCUCGCCGGCCUCCUCGGCCGCCUCCUCUUUGGCCUCCACGUGGACGCCGCCGGCCACGCCGCUGCGGCUCGGCCGCUCGCACUGGUCCCUGGGCGUGCGGACGUACGUGGUGGAGCCCCGCUCGCUCGGCGGCGGUGGUGGCGGCGGUGGCGGUAGCGUUGGUGGUGCCCAGUACCCGCACCUGAGCCGGGCCUCCGCCCUCGCCCGCCGCUACACCGCGUCCGAGUCGACCUCCACCUCCUCCGCCUCCGCCCUGCCGCACCACAGCCCGGGCUCGCUGCCCUCCUCCCCUUACCGCUCGUCCACGCUGGACGCCCAGCGCCUGUCACGCAGCGUCGGCGUGGCUCUCCAGGACCCCCCGGGCCGCUGCUCCACCAGCAGCAGCAGCCGCAGCCCUCCCUGCAGCCCUCGCUACUGCCUCCCCCACCUGCCCCACCUGCCCCAGUUCCGCCAGCUGCCACGGGCCCUGGGCCCCCGCCCGGCCCCUGUCCCUCCCCCGCCGUCGCCCCCACUUUAG